AUGGCACACACUGACAGCUUUGUCAAACUGCAACAGAGUGCAGUUCCUGGAAUUUCCAAUCCUGUUCCAAGAAAACAGAGUGCCAGGGUACGUUUACCUGAAGUAAAGAUUAACAGCUUUGAUGGAAGGGUAGAAGAAUGGCAAACUUGGUGGGACAGUUUCCGUUCAUUAGUUCAUGAUCGUAAGGAUAUGGACAAGGUAUUGAAAAUGACACACCUUAAGUCCUGUUUGAAAGGUAAAGCAUUGUUAGUUGUCUCAGGAUUUCAGGUCACAGACCAAGACUAUGAUGAUGCUAUUGCAGCUUUGCAAGAUAGAUUUGCUAACCCAGAGAAAGUAAAACAAACAUUAGUGCUUCAGUUGUUCAAUAUGGUUAAGCCUAAGAAUACUGCUAAGGAAUUGGAGCAGUUUAAGCUAGAUUUUGAAAGAAUUAUGAAGACUCUUCAACACUAUGUUACUGAUUUACAGUCUUCCCAUUGGCUUAUUGCUGUUCUGUUACAGAGCAAGUUGCCUACAGAGGCAGAGGCCAGAGAUGUUCAUUUUUCAGAAAUUUCAGACUAA